AUGCCUCCCCGCGCCCACUCGAAGACGUCCCGUGUCCCCCGCAGACCUUUCGAGUCUGCUCGAUUGGACUCUGAGUUGAAGCUUGUUGGCGAGUAUGGCCUCCGCAACAAGCGUGAGGUCUGGCGAGUCGGUCUGACUCUGUCCAAGAUUCGUCGUGCUGCCCGUCAGCUUCUUACCCUCGACGAGAAGGACCCUAAGCGUCUCUUCGAAGGCAAUGCCCUUAUUCGCCGUCUUGUCCGUGUCGGAGUCCUCGACGAGUCUCGCAUGAAGCUCGAUUAUGUGCUUGCUCUUAAGCUCGAGGAUUUCUUGGAGCGUCGCCUACAGACUUGUGUCUACAAGUUAGGCCUUGCCAAGUCCAUUCACCACGCCCGUGUCCUCAUCCGUCAGCGCCAUAUCCGUGUCGGCAAGCAGAUUGUCAACGUUCCUUCUUUCAUCGUCCGUCUCGACUCGCAGAAGCACAUUGACUUCGCCCUGAACUCGCCAUUCGGUAGCGGUCGCCCUGGACGUGUCCGCAGAAAGAAGGCCAAGGCCGCCGAGGGCGGUGCUGAUGGCGAGGAGGAGGAAGAUGACGAGUAA